GGGUCCCGGACCCGGAAGCGGAGCGGCUGAGUCACCCCGGCAGCGCGGCUGGCUGGGAUGAGGCAGCCGCAGGAGCAGCCGCAGCAGCAGCAGCGAGCGGCGGGCGCGUCCCUGCGACACUGAGGCGCCCGACCCCGGCCCCGGCGCGCCCCCGCCCCGCCGGCACCAUGAUGGAGGAGAUAGACCGGUUCCAGGUGCCCACCGUGCGCGCCGAGAUGCAGCCGCUGGAUCCAACCGCUGCAUCUAUCUCAGACAGAGACUGUGAUACAAGGGAGGGAGAGACUGUAGCCAUGAACUAUAAACCAUCCCCACUUCAAGUGAAACUAGAGAAGCAGAGGGAGUUAGCUCGUAAGGGGUCCCUGAAGAACGGCAACAUGGGAAGCCCAGUUAAUCAGCAGCCCAAGAAGAACAAUGUGAUGGCUCGAACAAGGCUGGUUGUUCCCAAUAAAGGCUAUUCAUCGUUAGAUCAGAGCCCAGAUGAAAAGCCACUGGUAGCACUGGAUACAGACAGUGAUGAUGACUUUGACAUGUCCAGAUAUUCCUCUUCAGGAUAUUCUUCAGCUGAGCAGAUCAACCAAGACUUGAACAUCCAGCUGCUAAAGGAUGGCUAUCGGUUAGAUGAGAUCCCAGACGAUGAGGACCUCGACCUAAUCCCCCCUAAAUCAGUCAACCCCACCUGCAUGUGCUGCCAAGCCACCUCCUCCACCGCCUGCCACAUCCAGUAAUGAGGACGGCAGGCAGUGAUCAGUGCUUUCCACUAUAACUGUAAAACUUAACAGCCAUUGCUUCCUCCUAUGGUAGGACGUGCACCUCUUUUUGUGUUCAUGGAGCCAGGAGAAACCAAAACUCCAUUUUAUGAUUGAUUGAUGAGUUAUUUUAAGCUAUGGUUAACAGACAUAAGCUGCUCCAAGUGCCAUGCUGGAGCCUGAGCAAUCGGCUGGUCUGGGAAGCUAAUGCAAACGGGUCCAGUGAUCCCUGGGUCUGGGCAGGCUCUGGGUAUGGUUUGUAAGGUGGAUGUACUGGAUUGAGAAGGAUCAGAUGUGGCUGCAGUUAAUCCUAUCCGUCACAACUAAUCCAACUGUGAGUUCAACUGAGUCUAAGAUGUAAGGUCUUUCUAACCUGGGGAAAGGUCAAUUUUUAAUUCAUUCACUGAAACUGAUCAGUUUGUGCCAACCAAAAUUGUACAUGAAUAGGAACAGAGUGGAGUAUUCUAGACUAUGGCAGUGCUGCUGGCAAGGAUUAAUAUACCCUAGGAAUCAGUUACACACAAACAGAACAUGUAAGUGGCAUUUCAUUCUGGGUUAAUACCAAACUUUACUUGGACUGUCAUGUCACAGAUCUGAUGUAACCUACUGUUAUUUCCAUAUGAGAUUAGCACCAAACAGAUACAAUUCUGUUCACAAUCCAUCCAUGCCCCUCCUGGAUUCAUUUUACUCCCAGGAGUAAACAUACCAUAUCCAUUAAUUCAAUCCAGUCAUAUUUAUUGGGUUUUGUCUCCAAUGUUUAAGGGGAAUUUUUGGGGCCCAGCUGCUGGCAAAAAUCACAGUCCUUGUCCAUUUUAGUAAAAAAUAUGUAUAUACCUAAGAAGAAUCAUAAUGAUACAGUCUUAACGUCCGUACCAAAAAAGCGAGUUGAAGAAAGCACAUGGUUUUUACAGUACACAGAGGUUCAUGUUAUCUUGACUUUGAGCCUCUUAGUUCCUACAGAAGAGAUUUACCGACACUGUACGUCUGUGCAUUUAGUGUUGCCAUAUGUUAGCAGGAUAGGCAAUUUCCAGCAACAAGAGGAUUGAGCAGGUUCCCAUCAUGAGACGCACAAGGGAAACUGCUGUCAUCCCACCUCUGCCCUAUUCUGAGCCAGCCGUAGCUUGUGUUACGGUGGUGCCAGUAAUGAAGGAACAGUUGUCUUUGCACAACGCUGUACGUGUUCAGGAAACUGCAUAUUCUUCCGCUUUGUCAGGAGGGACAGAGACUACCAGCCUUGCUUUUAGUGCUUGCUUCAGGUUUUGGUGAUGAAAAUAUUGGAGGAAAACGAAACCAUUUUCCAGUUUAAACUUCUUCUGGGGAUUCCUUCAGAAUGCAACACAUAUGCUUAAAUUUCAUCUUCCUGGAGUAUAUAAAAUCCUUGCGUAAAAGUUAGAUGCAGUCAACUGAAUCUUUAAAAGGACACUGUCAGCUGCUUUUAAUAGCUUUAAUCGUUGUUGGCUUUUACUCUGUGUAUGGCAAGAUGCCGCAUAAUCUAGUGGUCAGAGCACAGGAUUAGAGCACAGGGGCUCCUAGGUUCUAGAUCCCAGCUCCACCACUCGCUGGGGUGGCCUUGAGCAAAUCACUUAAACUGUGUUUUCCCAAUCUGUAAAAUGGCAGAAUACUUACCUACCUCACAGGACAUUGUGAGGAUAAGUUGCAGUUGUUUAUAGCACUUUACAUCUGUAAGUGCUAACUGCCCUUUGCAAAUCCUCCGAGACUUUUGGAAACCAAAUAUUCCCCUAUUGAUCUAGCCCUUUUUAAUCACUUGGCAACUAUUGAGGUGGAAGUUUUCCCAAACGUUUCUAGAGAAGCACAAAUAGUCAGCUGUUGUGUGCCCAUUUCAUCUAUGAUGCCAGCAGAAAUGAUGCUCCACUUUGGGAAUAACUAGGCAGAAGAGGAGCUCUCACAAAACAAUAUGUGUAGAGGAGCUCUCACAAAACAAUAUGUGUAGAGACAAGCUGGCUUUUGAUUCUUGGGCGUAGUGAGUGGGGAAUGUGGCUAAAUCUUACCCAAAAAAAAAAAAAAAGGUAAAAUUCUGAACUAAAAUUAUUUGACAGUGUCCCUUUAAAGGGCUAUAUUAAUACAGGCUUUCAGACUGCUGACUAAAACUUUAUAGACUGGGACUACAUAGUGUAGUAUUCAUACGAACACCAACAUCUUCAUCAUAUUCAUCCUCUGGGGCAGUGUUCAUCAUGUCAAGCACAGCUGCUCAAACUUUGCCCAACUGGGAGCAUUGCCUGUAAGGGGUCUGGUGCCCCAGAGCUCUGCACCUACUUUGUAUUUAAAUACAAUGACAUGGCCUGUGCCAGACUACAGGUCCCAGCAUGCAAAGCCCCUGUCCUUGUACCGAGCGUGAGCUUGUAUGCAGAUCAAGAUGGAGCACUGCAUGCUGGGAUUAAUAGUCUUCUUAGGCUGCCCCACCAUAUUAAAGAAGAGACUUCACCUGCUGAUGUGAUGACUAUUGCCCCAAGUUAGCAGGAACAAAUGCUUUUAUUUCUUCUGGUUUAAAUUUUUUUCAGCCUCCCGCCCCAAAUGUCCACCCCACUCCACCCCCAGCACACACACACACACACACACACACGCACACCACCUUUUAGGCUGUGAAAUAAGCCAGUUUAACCCUUUAGGAUCUGCGUGAGAGAGAUGCUCAGUGUUUGGGGAAGAUAGGAGGGAGGUGAAGACUAUGUUUAAAUAUUAAUUACACUACAAGUACUUUCAUGGGAUCUACAAACCAUGCUACAUGACGGGUGCUUUCUACAGAUGUAAGGAAAUCACAUGCUGAGUUUGUUUCAUUCCCCAUUCGCAAAGGGGUUUGGUUGCACAAACAGCUGGCUUAGCAUGAUCAGUACAGAUCCAUAAAAUGGAAACUUUUGGCUUCUCCUCACUCUCUGCUUUGUGUCCAUGUAUUUCACCAGGGGGAUAAACUAGACAGGGUAGAAAGAAAAGCAGUUAUCAAUGUAGGGUUGGAUUCAGGAAAUGCAUUGAGAAAAUGCACACGUGGCUAUUAUAGAAAGUUGACCAAUAAUCCUGCUCCACUACAGUUUCUUGUGCAGAAUAUGAACUUGUUGCUUUAAAAAAAGAAAAAAAGAAAAACUAUGGUGGAAGGUUGGGGAGGGGUAUUAAUCUGAAAAAUAGCUAGUUAAGCCUGGCUCUCCCUACAUGGCCUCAUGUCCCAGACUUUGGGUUCAGUGGAUGGUUUCUCUUAUCUCAUGCCACUCAAAUGGGAUUAAACUAUGCCAACAGUUCCUGGCAAUGUACCUGGUGAUUCUGUGGUGCUGUUUCUCAGCCCCAGGAGACGAGGGAAGAAACAGGAGGAUGUCCCUCACUUUCCACUUCAGCUGGAGAACAUAUUCAUAAACCUGCCAGAGUGUUCUCGUGCCAGCAGACUGCUUGAACGAGAGCACUUGAUAUCCCAAUGCAUCCCUUAUUUCAAGGUGACUAGUCCCACUAAACCACCUGGCAUUCUAAAGAAGAGUCUGACUUUAUCAAAAGUCCCAUCUUCCAAUCCCAAACCCUCGAGGGCCACAUUACAACUCCACACAGGGCGAAAGCCUGUGUCCCCAUUUGCUGAAAUUAUCACACAGAUGCUGUUUGCCUGACAAUUUGGAAAAUUCUCUUAUAUUGUCUCUUGGGCCCCACAAAUUUAUGUCCACUUGAUGCCUCUAAAAUCAAAGCCCCUCUGCUUGAUGCAUAUUGGGAUUCUUAAUUUGUCACCAUAAAACAACGGAAUUUGAUCACAACCCUUCCUGUCUAUCAGGUGUUAACUUCCAUAUUGACUCGAGUAUGUGAGGCCUCAGCGUACAGAUUUGGCUCGCCGUCUGGGAUGAAGACUGCCCCGUUUCCGAAGAUUAACACCAUAAAUAGGGAAUCUCUACAUUUCUGCCACACUGGGAUGAGCGAGUAACAGUCUGUGUGUGGUGCGUUGCUCCCUUUGAAGGAAUAUAUACUCAACCAACCCACUGUAAAGUUCUGUCUACCCUCAGUAUUUGUGAGUCACCUAUACUGAUCAUCCUUGUAUCUAAGCACCUGUAUAUCCUAGUAUGUGACUGGAUGCAGGGCCGGUUGGGACCAAGUUAUCUUGCAUUAGCACAAUGUCUUGCAAUAUAGUGUCCAAAAUGGGAUGAUUCAGAUUCAUUCUAGUCUGACUCUUCUUCCACUUAAAUGUCACCAAAAGUGAUCAUGUAGAAGAAUUCAGUUGAUGCACUGAACUGUCACAUAGUCUGAAGUAGGGUUGCCAACCUUCCAGGAUUGGCCUGGAAUCGGCAUCAAUUGCCCAGUGACUACUGAAAACAAUUUGGGAGAUUUUAAUUGGAUAUUUUAAGAAAAUGACAUUUUCAGGUUCGGGGGGGAGGGUGGAAUCUCCUGGAAUAGCUUCAGUCAGAGUUGGCAAUCCUAUUCUGAGGAUCUCCAUGUCCAGUGCCCUGGACCAUCAGGGUCUAGGAGCACUGUAGAGGCUAUUGAUCAGAGCAGCAUUAUGAAGCUCUGGAGAGGAGCCAAAUACCAUCUCAAAAGGAAGAGGGGGUGUGACAGGAAGUCUUAGGGUUUUUAGAAGAAGUAAAAAGGUGGAGAAAUGUUUUUGAGUCAGGAAGGGAGGGCAGGGGAGUCAAGUUGAGCUGUGGGGGGAGAGAGGGAAUCUUAGCUGAUUGACAAACUGCUGUCAUCUUGUAAUGAGCUUGGCUCACAAGCUUCUCAACCACUGCACUAACUUAGCACUGCACACUGGAAAAUGGAGCGGAGGGGGCUUCCUGGUCCAGUAGCCAGUAGCCCUGCUUCAGUCCUCCUGGUGCCCUUUUUCCAUAUUGCAGGUACGUGUAUGGAGAUCUUUGGAAGGAAGGAAGCUUGAUGUCAUCUAACUAGGCCACUGGCCCUAAGCUUGUCUGAUGAGAUGUUUUCCCAGCUAUGAAGCCAAUCCUCAUGGAGGGAGAACCCGCCGAGUCCUUCUCUGACGUAUGUUGCUUGCCCCAUUACUUAUCUGGAUUGUAUUUUAGAUGUAGUAUCCUCCAGCUAGGUUCGUCUCUGUAAUCUCUUCCUCUGCCCUUUUUGCCAGCGUAUUUAUUCUGUCAGCCCACGUGCCUUUGGGUCUGAUGUGCUACUUUGGCUGUCUUGUCUGUUCCUGCCUAGAGCCUGAAUAAAUAGGUCUGGCAGGGGUAGCAGUGAAGCAGUGUCCCCACUGACUGGACUUGCCAGAAUAGCACUGGGCUAGUUGGGCUUACCCACAGGGUAGGCCAGACUGCUUCUCUUCAGCUUCUGUAUCUGCCCUCCAACUCCCCCAUCCCAGAGGGGGUGUUGGCUUCUCUUCAGCUGCAUCCCGGCUUGCACCUUCAUAGCUCAGUUGCUCCCCAGAAUCCUUGUGUCAUGGUGGUUGUGGCACCUGUUCUGAGGUCCAUUUCCACUAGUGCAAAGGAGUCUGGGAGGUUUGAUAAAUAAGCUGCUGCUGUACAUGACUGACCGGAAACGAGGAAGAAGCUUUUGAAAGAGGACAGGACCCAGAUGAGCGCCAGCUGGGUUGGUGGGAGGAGAAAAGGAGGCAGUGAUUGGGGGUGCUGCCAAGUGCCUUCUUAGCUUAGGGCAGGUCCUGGUUGUCCAAACUAAUCUGCUUCAGUAAGGGGCUGUUACAGGCACGAUGCAAAUCUUGCUUGCUGCGCACGCACCGGAAACCAACCCGAAAGCCAACGGGGGAUGAAAGAUGCUAACUACAGAAAAUCCACUAAUAAUCUUAAUGAGCAGAGUGGUGUCCUGACCUCUGCUACGCACUUGCUGUGACCUUGCCUCUGUCCAGGGCUAUAAUUCUAUCUCACAGGGGUGGCGAGGCUGCAUUUAUCGUUGUCGGGUGCUUUAGGAUCCUUUGGCGAAAGGUGCUAGAGAUGACAGGUGAAUUUAAAACUGUCAGAUUUCUUUUAAAAAUCCAAAUCCACAAAGAGCAGCGGUGCAGCUCCCCGUCCCUUUAUGUAGCGGCUUCUGAUGUUGCAAUGUGCCAGAAGGCCUCAGGGUGGAGGCUAAUCGAGAUAAAACCACACUGGGGAGAGCCGUUUGGCAGGGGUGCCUUUCCUGGUUAUGGAGCAGCUGGCACUCGCGCAGCUGGCUGCCCAGGCCUUGGCUACUGCUGCUCCAGCUGUGUGGAACGUGGGAGCAUGUCUGAGAGCCCGGCAGCGCGGUCCAUCGUCAGCAGGAUGAAGGCGCGGAAGAGGGCACGUGGAUGUACCGGCGUGGGGGAGAUCAAGUUGGAUGAAUUGACCAAAUGGUGGAAAUGAGCAGCACAGCAGCAGAUCAGAUCUGUGAGGGAGUUUCCGUGGGAAGCUUCCUGUGUUGUUUUUUCUGUGCACGUAACAAUUUAAAGUAUAAAUUAAAACUUUCCUCCCUCUCUUGGCUUUCAGGCUUGCUCGCUCUCGCUCUCUGGGCACUCCCUUCACCUUCCAUUCUUCCUCCAAACCCGCACUGAAUAUGGCUGCUGCUACGCAGAAGUCAAUUUGCCUUCUCAUCUGAGCAUUGCUUGUUGCAGCACAUACGGGCCAUCGCCGUAUGCCCGGCAUUUGACUCAAAGUUAACUCAUCCUUGCGCCACCCCUGACUUCCCUUCAGAGCGGACACCAGGAUUCAGGAGGGUGCUUUUCUUUCUCCUGCCGUUGGCCCCUGUAUAAAUAGAGCAGUGUAUGGAGAUUCCCAGGCAGGGCCUUGGGGAGGGCGGUAUGGGUUACAUUGUUUAGAUUUUUGUGAUAUAGGAGCCUAGUGGAGGGUAGUAACUGUAAAGGUCCCCUGGGGUGCGGGUGUGGUGUGGUACGUUACAAGCUCACGCAGUGCCGAGUCCAUAACUCCUAUCGAAGUCAGUCAGUUGCUGGUGCUGAGGCCUGUGUGUGCCCCUCGUGGGAGGGCGUAGUGGCACUGGGAGAUAACGACUCUGUUGCUCGCCUUCCCUGAAAGCACGGCCUCUUUCACGCCGUGGUUCCCUGCGUCUGAGGGUUUGCUUCAGACUCUGAACUGUGUCUCAUCAGGCAAGCAGGCCUGUGUUCCCAGAACGGCGAAUGUGAGCACAGCAGGGACAGCAUUCAUAACCAGACAAAUCCAGACCCAGAAAGGCCAGUGGCUUAGCCUAAAAGCACUGUGAACUGGAACAGUCUACAACAAACUAACAGGGGAGCAUCUCCCACAGACAGGAUACGGGCAUCUGCUCUUUCCUGUGGGGCUCUGUGUGCGCAGCUGGUACCUGAAGCUCAAACGUUAAGCCCAUUCCUUUGUGUUGUGUAAGGUAAGUUGCAGUGAUAAAGGCAGUUUCCAAAAAAUGUGAAACCACGUCUCUGGGGGCGGGUUAUGUCACCAUCUGCCCUGCGACGCUGGGUGCCUUCAAAGCUGUGUUUGACAACCCUGAUCCCAACAGCCAGCCUACAAGCUUGCAGGUUAUACCCUGGCUUCCAGUGCCCAGCUACUUUUUGCAGGGUGACCCCCCAACACCCUCCAGUCCCAAAUGUUCCCCACAUUGUCUGCCCAGUAGUGUCCACUACGCCAGGGUGGCAAUUUGCUGGGGUCCCCAGAAUUAUGAGUUACUGUGAUACCCCUCUCAGCCUCCACAAGUGUGAGUCUGCCUACUGCUAAGCUGUGUGACAACUGACACACCAGCUUGUCUGCCUUGCCAGCAAACUCUUCAGGACUCUGCCAGUCCAAACCUGGCCUUGCAGGUAACAACAGCAAACCCCAGCUCCCGAGUUCCCUAGAGACGUUCCCCUGCAGUGUCCAGCCCUCUCAGUGGACACACAGAUGUUAUUGUUCAUUGCUCCUUUAAAGAGCAGCCCAUCGAUUUCAUUGGGGUUUCACAAACACUCUUCUUUCAAUCACAGCACUAAACUGGAUUUAUAGUAGAAGUAAAACACGUGUAUUAAACAAAAAGUCAUAGUUUUCAGUGUUACAAGCAAACGAAAGUAAAAAUGUGCUUCUGAGACUGAAAAUGAACUUCAGCAAGUUACAGUCUUUCCCUAAGCAGGUUUCUCGGGGACUUCAGCUGCUUUGGUUGAAGGAUCCAACAUUCUGUGGUGGCUACCAGGAUGGCUUCCUGUUUCUGCUGCUUUCUCCAUGCUGGUCUUCCCUUCCAGUUGACUUCCCAUGCCGUCUCUGAUUCAAAUGUAAAUAGGACUUCCAUUGUUUUGAUUCUAUAAUACUUAAUUUGCAUUGGAAACAGGCAGAUACCUUCCCUCCUGUCCGGGAGAAAACCUGUUUCUCCCUGUGUUUGGUCCCAGACUUUAAAGGAUAAUGGCAGUGAAUAUCCAUAAUCCCUCAUGUAGUGCUAAUGAAUACAUUUCACACUGAUAUUAAUCACCAGUGUGUCACAGGCUUUCCUGAAAGACCUUGCUUGCUACACUUUUACAAUACAAUGAUAUUAUACCCAAUCAGUUCCUUCAAUUACUUAUUGUUUGAAGUUCACCCACCCUGUCUUUAUAGCCCCAGUAAACCUUUGAAAUGUGUUCUUUGAAAAGUCAGCGCAGCCCAAGCUUCUCUCUCCUGCCGUGGUGUAGAUGCUAGGCUGUCAUCCCACAGUUCAUUCAUCCUGCUUCAAGAGGCAGGAAGGCUUCCUGGAGGGUGCUGUCUCAACCCCAUGUUGAGAUUAAGUGUCAUCUUGUCCAACUUGCUCUCCUGAGCGCUUUAUUUACCUUGUCUGUAAAUGUCCUUUUCCUUGUCUUUGGUCACAUCUUGCCUAAAUGACAUUGGAGACACAUUCAAGUAAGUGGAACCACAGUCCUUUGUCUGGAACAGGCGUGGCUCAAACACCGCAGGCCAAAUACAUAUUCAGAACACUUUUGUGGCACAUGUCUUAUAAAGCCCUUUGUGGGUUUACUGUGCGUACACCACACAGUGAUUUUCAGGACCAGCAUGUUACCAGUUUGUAUACUUAGAUGUCAACUUUUAGAUACAGAUUGUGACAACAGUGUGUUAGGUGUGGUGAGUUUGUCAGGCCUAACACGCACAGCUGACACAGAGUAGUGAACCAUCCUUAGGCCUGGGUGUCAGCGUCUCUCCUCUGCACCCAUCUCUUUGGUAUCUCGGAGUCUGUAACAUCCAUCGGACAGCAGCACCCGAACUGUGUCCAACUGAGAACGUCGCUUGCUGGGGGGCCAAAGGCCUGCCAGCUGAUUGGGAUUAAGUGAAGGAGAUUGCAAUGGCCUGUGCAGACUGCAGGAUCUCAGCAUGAGUCGAACUAAAGAGUAUCACAUUGGGCUGGAACAUUGCACUCGGGGACUUCUGGGAUUUCCUGGGAGCUGCACUUUUGUACGAAAGGGAAGGUAGUCGUAGAACACCGCAACUUUGGGGGCUGCAGGCUGCAUUUUGGCUGCUCCUUUUGGCCACCUUGCCAUCAACGUGUGUCGCAGCCUUCCCCUGCAGUCGCAGGUGGCAGUUGCUCCCAGGAUCUUCCCAAUCCAGUUGGAUUUACCUGUGGGAGCUAGUGACAGGUCCGAUUCCAUCUUUUCCUCUAGUGACAUGCCUUAGUGUAAGAUGGGUUUGCGUUUGGAACAAGUGUGUGUUGCUGAUAGUCCCUGGUCUGUGACGCAGCUAUUUCCAUAGUAACAAAUUAUGAUCUAAGCAGUGGAAUUACAUCAAGCGAGGGGAAGGUACAAUGCAGCCUUUAUUGCAGUGCGGCUGUCUCAGACAUGUCACUGGAAACCACCACAACAGGAAACCAGAAAAACAAAAGCACCCAGGAGGUGCAGCGGUGAGAUAAGUCCCAUUCCCUAUAGGGACGUUUGUUCCAUGGUUACUCAUUUGAUUCUGCUCUUCCUGAUACUGCAUUGUUCUGAUGCCCAGACUGUAUUUAACUGGAAUUCCUGCUCUCUAUCCCAGUCACCUCAGUCUCCCUACUCCUUCCAAAAGGAUAAAGGAAUCAAUUUUUACCAGUUACUUUCCAGCUGACGUGCAUUUGGGCUUUUAGCAUCCCCCACCUCCCAGCUGUCUCUGCUCAACCUAUCGCAAAUUACUUGUAUUGAAAAGCUCACACAGAUAAUGGCCAAGGUGCAUUGACAUCCAAUACCUUGUGGGGGUGUAGUCAGUCCUGGCAGUUGGCAAAUCAAGGCAAAUCAAAGUGGGCAUUAGGCCAUAGGGAGAGCCUACAAACAAAUUGAUGGUGGAGUGGCAGGAACCAGGUUUGAUUUCCGUCCAGCAAACUCAGUCCCCUGGGGAUGUCUCCUGUGUAAUGUGUUGUGAUGGUUACAAUGGCUAACUGAACAUCGGUCUCUCCCAUCCAUGGAGUAAGGCAGAGUCACCACUGGCUUUAUAGAAGCAGAGGAUCCAAUCGAAAUACAAGGCAUAAAAGGGCCUUGAGUUUCAGGCUGGUGGUUCUUUCAUGUCUGACUUCCCCAUGUAUAAAAGAAGCACAGCAUUAAAACGGACCCUGCUCGCCUCUCCCAUGAACGGCUGCUGCAGCCACUUGGCUUGGCAUUCCAAGUUUGUGCUCUGUGUUAGAUGGGUCCAACCUUCAAAGUUCUGAUCCAGACCCAGACUUCGCAGAGUUCAGGGAGAUUUGGAUCCGGCUCUUGGUGUGGGCUCAUGUCAUUAUUACUUUCAUGUGAUAAUGAAUUUCUCGCUAUGAAGGCGGUGGAAAAAAUGAACGUUGGAUUACAAGCAGUUGUCAUCCUUCCUUAAUGCUAAGGUUUUUCCUCUGCAGGGGAGAUGUUUCCUACUCAUUUUUCCCUUUCCUCUCAGCCCCAAAGGCUGAGUCAUGAGAACACCCUUUGGGCAGAAGAGAUGUACAUCUCUCCCUUCCAGGCUGUUCAUGGAGUAAAUCCGAGACGUCACUAGAGUGAUACAGGGAGCUUCCUCCCCUGGGCGCUGUGUGCUAUCCAGCUGGCCCAGGCACUGCCGGCUCAUGAGCAAAGUCCCAAGUGCAGGUUCCAAGCAGGAGUUAGCUAACAUCUGCAGAAGGUUAAAGAAUCAAACUAAGCAACCAAUAUUGGCAGCUGGCUCCUACCGGCCAUCGAGGCCUUACAUUGUUCCAGUCACAGAUGAGGUUACUUUUCUGCAGCGUAGCAGCCGGCAGCUCUGAAAUGCUGAUUUUAAUCGAGACCUUAAAUUAAAUGCACAAAAAGCCUUUCAACUUUUAGGAUGCUGCUGUGCAAAUGAGGGGUGUUGCUUUCUCUUAAGCAAUACUAGAGACAGAUCUGAACCAGAGCACAGGAUCCAAAGCCCUUUGGAUUCAGAGGAAGUUUGACCACGGAUCUGAACUCCAGGAGUCAGACCUACCUCUCUCAGUAGCACAGGUGGUAUUCACAUGGAUUCGUAGGUCCCAUGAUGGAGAUGCAUGGUGAAUGGUCAACCAAUUAGCCACUUGCUAUGCUGUGUCAUAACCCGUCUUGAUGUGCCCUGCAAGGAAAGCAGACUUCUGGAUAAGGUUGUAGUUUCGUGGUUAGAAGGCUCUCAUGAAAACUCUUAAGUCUCUAUAAAGGAGAAGAAGUGGAAAGGUUUUUUUGCACAUUUUUAACCAUUUUUACUCCUUGCGCAGGGAUUACUGAGCCUUUUAAAGAAGGAAACGAACCGCCAUUUUAAUAGCAUUCUAAAGAAUUCUGAAAGCAGGAGUCAUCUUGCAUGCAAUGUCUUUCUGUGCGGUAACAUGCAACUUGCAAAUCUCAUUGUACAUACUGUAGAUGAGUCACCUUGUGCUCUGUGUGACGGGGUGGGGCAGGAGAUAUGAUGCUGACCAUCGUGUGAAACAGCUACAGCUUCCCAAAACCAGAGAAUCAGCCAAGGAACGGGGCAGAAGGGGUGAAAACAGCAGCAGCAACUGUAAACAUAUAACUAGUUGUAACCAGUAAACUUUGGUAUCCGUGUCCAGUGGUUAGCUCUAGAAUUGCAAGCCUUGUUAUAUUGCACACACCCUCCAUUCACACCUCUCCUUGUUUUCUUCAUAUGAACUAGUGAUGAAUGACAUAGAUUGUUGUAUCCAAAUGACUCUCAGAUCAGUUCUGCCUCCUUUCCCACCCAAAUCCAAGAUGGCAAAGAUAGUUGAGCGGCAAAAAAUUGUUGACCGUCACUAGUUUUAGUUUAUUCAUUGGGUUUUUUUCUCCCCUCUAUUUUUAAGCUUCUUUAUCUGAAUACACACGCGCGCGCACACACACACACACAUAUAUAUAGGUAAUCAUCUUCAAGUACUUUAAAGGGGUAGUGUAGAAGUCUCUUGCCAUCUUCCAGAAGGCCCACCGGCACCUUGUGGACAUGCACCUUACUAAAAAUGUAUUUGGUCGAUAUAGGUGAGAUCUGGCAUUGCCCUUUUUGCAUAUGCUACAGUUGACGAGGAUCCACCCAUAGAAGCUGGCAGAAAGUGGCUACUGUUCCUUUUUAUUUUGUGGCAGGAGAGGGGAAUUUUUUUGCACUAAGAUUAUUUGUUAACCUCAAAAUGGCCAACUUGCAGGGUUCAUUAAUACCCAGGAUUAAUCUGAUGUGGCAGAGUCCUACCCAGGCAGGUGUGUAGCCUUUGCAUUCAUCAAAAUGGCAAAUACCUUGGCUGUAUCUAUACAAUGGGUCACAAAGUACAGUGGUUUGUAGUGGUGUUUUUUUUCCUUCUGUGGAAUUAAACAGGCCUCUGCUUUCAGCAGUGUUGUAUUGAUCUCCAUUGUUUAUGAGUACAGAAGUAUAGGAGAGCUCAACUCUUUACUGUGUCUAGACCCAUCCUGAAGGUAAACCUUGUGCUCUGCAUUAAAAACCGUGUCAAAGCAUUCCCAAGAUAUCAAUUCACUGCAUGAAGUCUGAGGCAGCGGACGACAGGAGGUGUUUGUGGGUCACUGGAAUUGAGCUCUUUUUUGGAUCAGUUAAAUGGAAUUUCCUUCUCAUGGAGAGAACUCCUGACCUCUCCGUUGGUCUCAGACCAAGAGAUGAAUAUCCAUCCCUGUCUGGCUCUCGGGUGUAGUGAAAUGUCGCUGAAACUGCCAAAUACAAAAUGGCAUUAAGUAUAGGGUUCAGCCUAACCAAUCAUUAAUUAGGAAGAAGAGAUGAUUUUCAUAGCUUGGCCUUGUUCCACGUUAAGAAACUGCUAGUCAUUUGGCACAGCCAGGCAUAUUAAUGCCACACUUCACUUGGCAAUUUGGUUUCUUUCUAGUUUUGGUUUAUUUCCACUCUGGAAGUGUCAGCCCGAAUCUUCUAAAGAAUGGGUUUUAAUUUUCCUUUCCUGUUCAGAACCUGUAGCACACUGGUGUAUUUCCACUCCCGUCUGUGUAGAGUAUUGCCUUAAACAGAUCCGUUGUGUUGUGAUUUUUUUUUUUUUUUUUUACGGUCAGUUUUAUGCAUUAAUUUAUUUUAAAAUGUGUUUUUUGGAAAACAUGAAACGUGUAUAAUAUUUUUUUAACAUUUCCAUUGCAGUAUUUAUCAUUGUUACUGGUUGUGUGUAGUGUAACAGAAUUAACGAUAUUAAAAAGCAUACAUAUGAAA